CCACAAACCCUAAUUCUCACUAACCCUAUUUCAAUUGGUAUCAGAGCACGGGUCUUGACGAAGGUUACUCCUGCCAAGGCAAAGAUCUUAUGACGUCCAGUUCGUUCGGUCAGGCGGCGCUUAAUUAUCUUCCAAUUUUCACCGGCGCUAACCAUACGGCAUGUAAGAAACGGAUGAAGCAGUUUAUGUGGGGUGUUCAUGAGGAACUAUGGCUCGUCGUUCAAAACGGUCCCAUCCAGACGAAUCCCGACGAACAAAACCUGUGGUCCGCGUCUUAGAAGAAGAGCGCUCAGCUCAAUCAACGAGCCAUGCAUAUCCUCUAGUCCGCCAUGGUCCCCGACGAAGCCGACAAGGUUGAGAACUGUGAAUCUGCUCGUGAAAUCUGGCGGACUUUGGAAACGACGUAUGAGGGCACAUCUAACAUCAAAGAGACCCACAUCGAUCUCCUCAUGCACGAAUAUGAGGCAUUCGACAUGAUGCCAGGUGAGAAUAUUCACGACAUGUACUCUAGAUUCACCAUAUUAAUCAACAAGCUAAAAGGUUUAUGUAAGACCUUUGUUACUAAAGACCUGAUUAGAAAUAUUCUUAGGUUCCUCCCUAAGGAAUGGUUACCUAAAUGGACAGCAAUAGAAGAAGCUACAAACCUCAAUAUCCUAGCUAUGGAUGAGUUAAUCGGGUCAUUGCUCAAUCACGAGCAUGUCAUUAAGCAGGUUGACCGUGAUGAUGAAAAACGCAGACACUCUUUAGUUUUCAAGUCUCAAGUUCAUGACUAUGAGUCGGAUAAUGACACUGAAUUUGAUAAAGAAUUUGUUCUAGUCAGUCGAAAGUUUCAUAGAAUGCUAAAGUAUAAGUCUGGGCAGAAACGUCAUGGUGAAUAAUUGAAUAAGCCUAGUUUGUAUGAUCGUAACAAACCUUUCCCCCAUGAUAGGCUGCUUUCACAACAGACCAGAGACUUAAGUGCAGGCACUCAAGAGAAGGAGCCGCAGCGCUGUUACAAAUGUGGCAAACUCGGCCACAUUCGUGCAAACUGCCCUCAAAGCCCGAAGGCAAAAGCAACUGGAAUGGAGGCCACCUGGAGUGAUAAUGAAUCCAGAUCAGAUGAUGGCAGAAUAUAUGAAAAAGCAUAUAUGGCUCUCACUUUGAACAGUGAAUCCGGUUUAUCUGAUGUUGAUGAGGAUCUUUCCUUCAAAUCAACACACAUCGAAGUAAAGUCGAACUCAGAAUCUUCAAAGGUAAAUUCUGAGAAUUUCUUCAGUGCUUUGAAAAACUUAGAGGAUGAGUUUCGUAGCUUGAAAAUUAAGUAUUGCUGUCUUCAGGAGGAGGUUCGUAAAAAGGAUACUGAGGUAUUCAAUCUUACUAAAACCAUAAAGUUAAAUAACAUUAAGAUUGUCGAGCUGCAACUGAGAAUGAGGUUCUUAGAAUGCAUAAUAAUCAUCUAUACAAGCUGUUAGAGCGUAAAUCAUAUUUCGUUUCUUCAUCUGGUAGCAAAGCAUGCAUUAUUUCUACAGUCAAAGAACCUAACAAAGUUAGACCUCACCUUCUAAGUCCAUCGCAGUCCCAUUAUGCUGAAAUUCUUACUAGAAGAGUUAAGCAUUCCACGUCGAAUGUUAACCAUAGGUAUGUGCACAAUAGGCUGCAUUAUGGUAAGAAGAGGACCAAUCUCAAACCGACUAGGUCUCAUCAUAGUAGUUAUAACAAGGCUGGUUUAUUGACCUGUUUUGUUUGCCUACAGCCUGGUCAUAUUAGUAGAAAUUUUCCUAAGGCUUUGUACUCGUGGCGUUAGAAACCCAAACUCAAACAAAUUUGGAUUCCAAAGCAAACUGAUAUUUGAUCUUUUAUAUUUGGGAGCUAUUCGUAUCCUUUGGCAUCUCAUUUGUGGGAGCUCCCACCACUGUAUGUUUAAGACAUUUGUUCUCUCGCUCUCUUAAUGGUUUUAACGAGUGAAGCUUUGCAUUGAGUCCUUGAUGUGGUUUGGUUUUCUUUUAUUGUUUCAGCUAGUUAUGCUUUUUUAGCAAAUUAUCCUAUGCAUGAGUUGUUGUGUCUUGAUCAUUGUUUCGUUUGAAACAUAUUAUCCUGCUUUGAUCGAUUUUUUUUUUGUGCCAACUGCCAAGUCCUGGUUGUGGGGGAGAUAAUACUGCUGCUAAUUUGAUACUUAUGAUGGUUCUACUACUUUGCUAAUUCUUGAACUUAUGUUAUCUGUUCUAGGUGCGGGUAUGGGAAGAAUGUGUUGGGGUCAUUGUUUUGAUCUCUUGCUUUGUUCUUAUCUUGCAGCACCUUGUUUAAUGUUUUUAUAUUGCUUUGCUGCAACUUUUUAGUUGAGCAUUAAUCCUAGUGGUGUAUUAUCAUAUUGUCUUUACUUGAGAGUUUGCUCUGGUUGCUGGGGAAGUUUCAUUGCUUGAAAUCAAGGUGGAGAAAUAUGGAUAAACUCUUAGUUCUUAUGUGAUUUUGAUCAUGCUCAACUCCAAGUUGAUAUAUACUGUUCAUUCUUAGGGAGAGUAGAACUGAAGUGCUGGUGAUUUCAAUAAUAAACUCCAGCAGUCAUAGUUAACAUUAAGGAAAGCAAGUUCCUUAACCUCAUAGCUGGCAGAAUCUCGUGCUGAUUUUAGAUGUUUUUAGAAGAUCAAGUUUGGUGAGUGCUUAGUAGUCAAUACAUCUUUGUACUGCUU